AUGACUUGCUGCAUUCUAGAAAGUACAUCAGUUGAUCCAACAACUCUCACCAAGAAUAUUGAGCACAUCUGGAAAACAUUUCUGGGCUCUGUUUCCUCCAGUGUAGCUGACUACCUGAGUGUUGAACAUCUGGGAAUUAUUCUGCACAAGCUGGCUUUAUCAUGUGACCAGUAUGUACAUCGCAAACUUCCUGUUCAGCUUAAACCAAGAACACCAAACUUGAUUGUUUGCCAAAAUAGUGAUGUGCUGAAUGCAGUUCUUUAUAUGUACAUGGAAGACUCCAAUCAGCCAUUGCCUCGACCCGAUGAGGUUUUGUUGUGCACACCAGAAACUACUUUCGAUGAGGUUGACAUUUUCCUAAGACGAGCAUUUUUCAGCUCACUGGGGAAAAUCCAUUGUUUGGCAUAUGCUGAUCUCUUGCGAUAUGAAACUGAGGAAAAGGUUGAAAAGAAGUUUAUUGACUACAUUAAUGUCGCAAAUGGGGUGCAGAAAGUAAUUGCCAGCUCGCCAAAUGAGAGUAAAAAUUCUCACGGACGAGUUAAAAAAUACAACUACCAGUUUGACGAGCGAUCUAUCUUUUUCUGA